GUCCAGCUAUAUAAACCCCUCUCCGCCUUCCCCUCUAUUAGCUCCACUACUCUCUCUCUCUCUCUCUCUCCCACCUUCCCAUAUUUUCUCUGUCUCACAACCAAAACUCCUGCAUUUUCGGAAUCUUCAGAAACCAACACACAGAGAGGCAGCCAAAAAAAUAUGCAGGGAUUAGUAGGGAGAAGGGUAUUAUCUGGAACAGCACAAUCCCUACUAAGGCAGCGCUGCUUCUCUCAGGUGGCCCAAAGCGAAGUUCUCCGAGACGAUGGCGUCGCUACGCCGAAAAUGCCCCCCUUCGAUUACACCCCUCCUCCCUACACCGGCCCCACCGCCGACGAGAUCUUCGCCCAGCGCAAGGAGUAUCUCAGCCCUUCGAUGUUCUGCUUCUACAACAAACCACUAAACAUAGUGGACGGGAAGAGGCAGUACUUGUUCGACGAAAGCGGGCGGAGGUAUUUGGACGGUUUCGGAGGGAUUGCUACGGUGAGCUGCGGGCACUGCCACCCCGAUGUGGUGGAGGCCAUAGUCAACCAAACCAAGCGCAUCCAACACUCCACCAUCCUCUACCUCAACCAUGCCAUCGGCGAUUUCGCCCAGGCGCUCGCCUCCAAGUUGCCCGCCAAUCUCAAGGUGGUGUUUUUUACAAACUCGGGGACGGAAGCGAACGAGUUGGCGAUGUUGAUAGCGAGGUUGUACACGGGGAGCCAUGACAUUAUCUCGUUGAGAAACGCUUACCAUGGCAACGCCGCUGGCACCAUGGGGGCCACCGCUCAGGGCAACUGGAAAUUCAAUGUCAUCCAGAGUGGAGUUCAUCAUGCCGUAAACCCGGACCCAUACAGAGGAGUUUUUGGUGCAGAUGGAGAGAAGUAUGCCAAUGAUGUUCAAGAUCUCAUAGACUUUGGAACCUCAGGCCAUGUUGCUGGUUUUAUGUGUGAAGCCAUACAGGGAGUAGGUGGAAUUGUAGAAUUGGCGCAAGGUUACUUGCCAGCCGUUUAUACUAGUGUGAAGAAAGCAGGAGGCCUUUUCAUUGCUGAUGAGGUCCAGUGUGGUUUUGCUCGCACAGGAAGCAACUUCUGGGGAUUUGAGGGCCAUGGUGUUGUGCCUGACAUUGUAACAAUGGCCAAGGGCAUUGGAAAUGGCAUUCCUCUUGGUGCUGUUGUAACCACUCCUGAGGUUGCAGAGGUCCUGACUCGCCGCAAUUACUUCAACACCUUCGGUGGGAAUCCAGUAUGUACAGCCGCGGGACUUGCUGUUCUAAAAGUGAUUGAGAAAGAAAAGCUUCAGGAUAAUGCUUUCGUCGUGGGAUCAUAUCUGAAAGAAAGACUCAAUGCCCUCAAGGAUAAAUAUGAACUUAUUGGGGAUGUGAGGGGAAGGGGAUUAAUGCUUGGAGUUGAACUAGUCACUGAUCGUGAGCUGAAGACACCUGCAAAGGCUGAAACUGUACAUAUAAUGGAAAAGAUGAAAGAUUUGGGAGUGUUGAUUGGCAAAGGCGGCUUCUAUGGAAAUGUUUUCAGAAUCACACCUCCCCUGUGCUUCACCAAGGAUGAUGCAGAUUUUCUUGUGGAUGCAAUGGACUACACAAUGUCUAAGAUUUGAAGCCUCAAGUCUAAUUGUACAUAAGGUGUCUAAUUAUCGUUCACGAAUUGGUCUAAGCACCGUUGUACUGUUAUCUUUUGAAGAAAAAAAAAAUUAUCAAUAUAUAUAGGUUUGUGCUUCAAUAAUUCACUGUGAUCCUGGAAAACGAAGGGUCAACAACUCGUUGUCUCUCACUCAGCAGAUACGCUUGCUAUGUUUACUUCUUAUAUCUUAUAAAUAUUUUAUGGGUGUC